AUGUCAUGGCGCGACGGGCCUUCGGCGGCCUCUGCGCCAUGGAGGCUUCGGAAGAGGAGGACGCAGCCUUUGGCCAGCCAGGACUGGCAGGCUGCGUUCAGCGAGAGGGUGGUGGCGGCGGCGGUGACCGCGGCAGUCACCGCAGUCACGCCCGGGCAGGCGCGCCCAGUGCAGGCGGCGCCCGCACCCAAGCCGACGGCGGCUCCCCCGCGGCCCACCCAGGCGCCGCAGCCGCUGCUGGCCAUCGAGGACGAAGCGGCGGUGGAGGCGUCGACCAGCAAGGCGGCCCCGCUCUCGCCGCCGCCAGGCCACUUCGGCCUCCGCAGGUGGCAGAGGGCGAAGGCCCCGCCGCCCGCCGUGGAGGCCGGGCCGCCGUCGCCCGCGCAGCCUGCGCCGCGGGGCCCGACGCCGCCCCCGCGGCGGCGCAGCCGCUCCAGGCGCAGGCGCCUGGCCGCUCCGGAGGGGCCCCGCGCGCGCCUGACGGAGGCGGCGCCCGAGGAGUGGCUGGGGGCGAACUCAUCGGGCUCGGUCAGGGAGUCGCAGGCCCUCGCCGACGCCCUCGGAGCCGCCGCUGGAGGUCAGCUGAAGGUCGAGGGCCUUGUGGCGGACGAGUACCAGGUGGAGUUCCACCCCUCCGCCGAGGGCUUUCCGGAAGCCUGCAAGAACUUCAAGGACGGUUUUUACGAGAAGAUGCUCGGUGGCCCGUCGUGCUACGCCAUGGAUAUGGACGACGGCAUCGAGGACUCGAGCGAGUUCGUGGCGGACGAGCUGCACGACUGGCUCGAGGACAUGGACCCGCCUCCUGUAUUUGGAUGUGUACGUGACGCGCAUGAUGAUGCAGAUGGGCUGGGUCCUGAUGGGGAUGCGGAUGCCUUUCGGAAGUUCCAGGAGGUGCUGCCCGAGGUGCCGCGGUUCCCCAUGCUCGGCGGUGAGCUCCUCAAGGAGACGGACCCUGCCCUCCACGAGGUGUUCAAGGGCUCGGAGUCGGUCGCGGAGAGCAACCUCAGCCUCUCUGGAGGCACCAUCGUGAUGGAGGUCAACAAGGCCAACCAGAAACUCGGCGAGAGCGUUUCAUCGGAUCCCUGGCAGCAGGUCCUCGUGGCCAACGCGCAGGUCUUCCUCAAGUCGGAGCAGGUGCAGGCCGCGCGGCAGCUUGCGACCUACAAGGAGUACGAGUUGCUUGGCCGCUUCGGGGACAUCCAGGUGGUCAUCCAGCGGCCGUGCAUCAACGACAGGCUCUGGCGGCCUCACCGUGCGUCCAUCUUGGAGACGCUGGAGGCGCUGGUCAGCGACUGCGGCCCCAGCAUCCUGGAGGAGCUGCUGGAGGUCGACGAUCUGUGA